AUGUCUGUCGUUCAGCUGGCCUCGUUAGCUACAGGCUCGGUCGCCCUGUUCCUGGCGGCCGGCGACAGUAUUCCUGCAAUCAAAAGUAUUGUCGGUCGGAUCUCGCGCAAAUCACCCUCCGUGAACGAGCCGGAGUUGGCAAAGACCGUUUACAGAGAUGAAGAUGGCGAGGCUACCGAGGAAUCCCUUCGAGCUUUCUCGGACAAGUGGCAGCGAGUUGCUCUGGCAGCUUUCUCUGCCAGUGGCCUGUCCGUGACUGUCGCGCUGGCUGUAUUGGCGACAUUGAACUACAGCGCAGGAGACCUCAUCUUGAACUGGUUCCAGUUCGGCAUUUGGGUGUUGCUUUCUAUUCAAGCCGUCGCAUUUUUCACUGAACCACGGCCAACAAAAAGGUUCACCCUCGGCCAAUACUCAUUCGGUGGCAGUAUGAUUGCUAUUGCUAUUACAGGAGAACAAAUUCGUCAGGCUUGGGCCGGCCAGAAUCGCCUUCUCCAUGAUCAGGUCUGGGUUGGUCUUGUUGCCACACAAUUCUCCAGCGCCCUUCUCCGUGCAUUAUUCAGUAUUCUUCUGCCUCGUCGGCCGCAUGUCUUCCUAAAUGGAAGGCCGGUUGAUCAGGAAUACACAGUCUCGGCAUUAGGUCGAUACACCUUCUUCUGGGCCAUUAGCAUUCUCAACUAUGCCGUGCAGAACCGCAAAUUGGCACUCACAGACCUUCCAGUUCUUCGAUCUGCGAGGCGUGCUGAUGAACUUCGGGCAACGUUCGAGAAAGCCCUUGGUUCACGAAAACUUUGGAAGGGCCUUAUCUUUGCCCAUUGGCGGUCUCUCCUACUCCAGCUUGUACUUACAACCAUUAUCGGCGUCUUGAGUUUCGGUCCACAGAUGGCGUUGUUUAACAUCCUGAGAGUUCUGGAAGCCCGCGGAAGUGAGACUUGGCAACCAUGGGAAGCAUGGUUUUGGGUCCUUGCUCUAGGAGCCUUGAUGCUGAUACAUUCCACCGUUGAAGCCUGGCUGUUCUGGGCUGUAUGUUCCAAGCUGGGUGUACCUAUUUACGCAGAGCUCUCUGCUGUUGUUUUCGCAAAGUCUAUGCGCCGCAAAGAUGCCAAGCACACGAAAAAAACGAAGAAGCAAGAUGACGCGAAAGCUUCCGCAAAAGCUUUGUUGGACCAGACGGACGAGGAGGAGGAUGACGAAGAAUCUGUCAAAAAGAGCCGACAGAGUAUUAUCAACCUUGCUGCCGUGGAUGCGCGACGUAUCUCCGACUUUACAUCUUACGCAUAUCUUAUCCCAUCCGCGAGUUUGAAAGUUAUCCUUGGCUCUGCCUUUUUGGUCCAAAUUCUUGGAUGGCAAAGUGCUCUCGCUGGACUUUCCGUUUCUGUUCUCGUGACUCCCCUGAAUAUAUACGCAGCAAAGAGAUAUACAGGUGCCCAAGACAAACUUAUGAAGCUCAGAGAUGCAAAGAUGGCCAUUGUCACAGAGGUACUCCAAGGCAUCCGCCAAAUCAAGUUCUCCGCCUUGGAGCAGCAAUGGCAAGACAAAAUCGGAAAGGCACGAGAUACUGAGCUAUCCGCUUUGUGGAUUUCGUUCCUCUACGAUGUUGUACUCAUGGCAAUCUGGAUCCUCGGACCACUUGGUCUUUCUGCAGUGUCACUAACAGUCUACGCUUUAAUGCAUGGCGGCUUGUCAGCAUCCGUCGCCUUCACAGCAAUGUCGGUUUUCGGUGCCCUGGAAAUGUCGCUUGCCAUUCUACCUGAGAUCAUCUCAAAUGGCCUGGAGGCAAAGGUCAGCGCGGACCGAAUCGACGCCUACAUGGCAUCUGCGGAGAAGAUCGUCAACACUGUUCUAUCCGAUAACAUUGAAUUCGAUAACGCGACAGUCGCAUGGCCUGCAGAACACGAGCCAGGCACGGAGGAAGGAGAUGAAGAUCGAUUUGCUCUGCGCAACAUGAAUCUCAAGAUCCCCCAGAAGAAAUUGAGCGUCAUUUCCGGUCGGACUGGCUCUGGAAAGAGUCUGCUCCUCGCAUCUAUCCUCGGUGAAUGUGACGUUCUGGAGGGCACCCUCAAAGUGCCCGUCCCGCCAGCCAUCAAGGACCGUUUCGACCACCUCGCGACAGACGCCAACUGGAUCAUCGAUUCUGCUUUCGCGUACGUUGCGCAAAUCCCCUGGAUUGAAAACGCGACCAUUAAAGACAACAUUCUUUUCGGUUUACCUUAUAACGAGACGCGCUAUAAGAAGGUUCUGUCUGCAUGUGCACUAACAAAAGAUCUGGAAAUGAUGCCGGAUGGCGAAAUGACAGAUAUUGGUGCGAAUGGUGUAAACCUGAGUGGUGGCCAGAGAUGGCGAGUUUCAUUCGCUCGAGCAUUGUAUUCUCGUGCCGGUGUCCUCAUCAUGGACGAUAUCUUCAGUGCUCUGGAUGCCCACACUGGCCGUUAUAUCUACGAAAAUGCGUUGACUGGUGAGCUUGGACAGGGACGAACCCGAGUGCUCGUCACGCAUCACGUCGCUCUCUGCCUCCCCAAGACGGACUACUCCGUCUUGUUAGAGAACGGAUACGUUAAAUACGCAGGCACUAUUGAUGAACUUCGAAAGGAGAACCACCUGGAGGAUAUUCUGCGAGAAGACAACGCCGCUGAACAAGAGGAUCACAGCGCCGAAAAUACCAGUGAUCUUUUGAAUACCGAGGAGACUAAUCUUCAAAAGGUCAUUUCGAACACAGCAACCCGACGGCAGAGCACAGUCCAAGACAACACAGCGCCUAAACCUGUAGCUCCCAAGAAGUUUGUCGAGGAUGAGAAACGUGAAGUGGGAUCUAUUUCGAUCUCCGUGUACAAGUCCUAUCUGUCCAUGGGAGGAGGUGUACCUAUCUGGAUUCUGACAGUUCUGAUCUAUCUAUCCUAUUCAGCCCUGAUGGUUGGCCGAGCCUGGUGGGUGAAUAUCUGGACAAGCGCGUCAUCCAGCACCCGAGCGCACCCGGAGCAGCUUCAAGCCCUGUUCACACAGACAGUGAUGCAAUCUCACGCCGAGCCGCAAGACGAAAACCUCAAAAUGUACCUUGGUAUCUACAUCGGGAUCUCUGUUCUUGCCUGCAUCAUUGGAACUGCGCGAUUUUACUUCAUCCUUUCGGCAAGUGUGCGCGCCUCCAGGAAUCUCUUCAAUCGCUUGACAUACGCCGUUCUCCGCGCUCCACUGCGAUGGCUGGAUACCGUUCCCCUUGGCCGAAUCCUAAAUCGAUUCACGGCAGACUUCCACAUGAUCGACUCGCGUAUCGGAUAUGAGCUUGGAUUUCUCGUUUCUCAAUGUCUUGACGUUUGUGGCAUCAUGUUGGCCGGCAUUCUGGUCUCACCAGUGGUCAUCAUCUUUGCGACAAUACUACUUGUCAUCUGUCUCAAACUGUCUUUGAAAUACCUAGCUGGAGCACGUGAAAUCAAACGCCUGGAGAGUACAGCCAAAAGCCCUAUUUUUGAGCAGUUCGGCUCUAGCUUGACUGGUUUGAUUACCAUCCGAGCAUUUACCAAGAGCGAGGCAUUUAUCGAUAUCAUAUACGGCAAGAUCAACGCCCAUGCCCAGGCUUGGUGGACUAUGUGGUUGUUCAAUCGCUGGUUGGGAAUUCGUAUGAACCUUGUCGGUGCAAUCUUUUCAACACUGACAGCAUCCCUUGUCGUCUUCUUACCUGGCAUCUCAGCCUCACUUGCAGGAUUCGCCCUCAGCUUUGCCCUGCAGUGUAACAGUGCUAUUGCAUUUGCGCUGCGCCAAUACGCGAACAUCGAACUCAAUAUGAAUGCCACCGAACGUGUCAUUGAAUACUCCAAGAUCGAGCUCGAGAACCAAGGCGGCGCCGAUGCACCUGCUGCUUGGCCCACCGAGGGUCGGCUGGAAGUCAGCGACCUCGUCGUAGGUUACGCACCCGAUCUUCCCCCGGUCCUGAAGGGCCUCAGUUUCAUCGUGGAGCAGAACCAGAGAGUUGGCGUGGUAGGAAGAACUGGCGCGGGCAAGUCUUCUUUGACCCUUGCGCUCUUCCGUUUUCUAGAAGCACGCGAAGGCCAGAUCUUGAUUGACGGCCUAGAUGUGUCCAAGAUCAAGUUGCACGACCUGCGUAGUCGGCUGGCGAUUAUUCCACAAGAUCCCGUCCUCUUUUCGGGCACUGUGCGAACAAAUCUGGAUCCGUUCGAGGAGUACAAUGAUAGGGAGCUCAAUGAUGCGCUGGCACGCGUGCAUUUGAUUGCCACGGAGGAUGACGAGGCAACUCUCACUUCACAAACCGCAACACCCCGACAGGGUAACGGCACAGAGACGCCCGACACGGCCACGAUGCAGCAAGCCAAUUCGAACGUUUUCUCGUCACUAUCAGCUCCCAUCUCGGAGGGUGGUCUCAACCUCUCUCAGGGUCAACGACAGCUGCUUUGCCUGGCCCGUGCCAUUGUCGCCCGGCCGAAGAUUAUGGUUCUGGAUGAGGCGACGUCUGCUGUAGACAUGGAGACCGACGCUCUGAUCCAGAAGUCUAUUCGCGCCGAAUUUGGCCGCAAUGCCACCACGCUACUCGUUAUUGCUCACCGUCUCAGCACCAUUGCUGAUUUCGAUCGCAUCUUGGUAAUGGAUGCCGGCAAAGCGGUUGAGUUCGGAGAACCAAAGGAUCUGAUGCGUAUCAAGGAUGGUGUGUUCAAGAGUCUGGUCGAUAACAGCGGCGAGAAGGCCGUGCUGGAGAAGAUGAUUUCCGGCGAGUGA